UGAGGGGUUUUUUCGUAAUUUGACCAUACCUCCUCGAUAGUUGUAAUUUACCCUCUAUAUAUAUCUCACCUUUCGGAUACAACAGUCAAUUAUAUAUUCCGAUAAUACAAACAUGUCCGGCGGCAGCUUAGUUGAGAUCGAAGCGACUAAGCUGUUCGAAGCUGCAAUGGAAGGGAGUGUCAGUUCAUUGCAAAAGAUGCUCAACGAAGAUCCACUGAUUCUUGAUCGAUUUUCAAUUAACUGCUUCUCGGACACUCCUCUUCACGUGGCAGCCAUGUUGGGCCACGUCGAUUUCGUGAAGGAAAUCAUACGCGCGAGACCUCAUCUCGUAAACGAGUCGAACUCCCACCGAUCGUCGCCUCUUCAUUUAGCUUCGGCUGGAGGCCACCUGGAUGUGGUCAAGGCCAUACUAUCGGUCGGUGAUCAUAGAUCGUGCCUCGCCCGCGACCGAAACGGGCUAACCCCUGUUCAUCUAGCGGCACUCAAAGGCCAUAUCGAAGUCAUGAAGACGCUGCUUCGGGCGAAGCCCGAAGCAGCACAAGUGGCGACGGAGUACGGUGGCGGCCAAGAAGAAAACAUCCUUCAUUUGUGUGUCAAACACUACCAGCUAGAGCCACUGAAGCUCCUGGUGACGACCGCUUUAGCCCAUCCUCUGUUCAUCAACUCGAAAGACAGUGACGGGAACACUCUCCUUCAUUUAGCCGUCGCAGAUAAGCAAGUCGAGACGAUCAACUUCUUGUUGAGUGUGCCUGCAUUUGAAGUGAAUGCGCUGAACCUCGACGGGGAGACAGCGGUGGACGUUUUGAUUCAAAGCCGACGGGAUGUCCGAGACGUGGAAAUCGAAGAGUCGCUUAAAAAAGGCGGAGGGAUCGGACACCUAGAGAGAAAUGCGCCGCCACUACGACAUAUGAACUACAGUACUCUUUAUUCAUCCAAUUCAUUGUCGACAAAAAUGCGGAAGAAAGACAACACCUGGAACGGGAUGCUCAAGCAGCAAUCCGAAUGGCUGGAGAGGAAGAAAGACUCAUUAAUGAUUGUGGCUUCACUAAUAGCAACAAUGGCUUUUCAAGUUGGAGUCAACCCCCCAGGCGGCGUCUGGCAAGACGAUAAGCUAGUCGACUCUGAAGGAAACCUCGAGCAGUAUCCUCAUGUGGCGGGGUUUUCUGUGUUCGCAAGUAACUACCCGGAGGGGUACUCGAGAUUCUAUAUGAUCAACACAAUAGGCUUCAUUGCGUCGCUGAGCAUUAUAUUGCUCCUGAUGAGUGGAUUGCCGAUAAGGCGCAAAUUCUUUAUGUGGAUUCUGAUGGUGAUCACGUGGGUUGCGAUCACAGCUAUUGCACUCAUUUAUCUUGUCUCCAUAACAGUGUUGACACCCGUAAUAAGCAAAACGUUUAUUAGUGUGCUAGGACUUGUUGUCCUAGUGUGGCUCGGCUUGAUGGCUCUCGUCCUCGUUGGCCAUACAGUUCGUUUGAUAGUGAAGAUGGUUAAAAAGACGAGGAAGAUGUCUCGGGGGAGGAGUGCUGCAGCAACAAGUUCGACACUUCUUGCGGAAUAA